AGCCGUCGGCAAGUGCGAAAUUUUGUGACUAAGAAAAAGCGGAGCAAAAAACCUCGCCCAAAGAAAAUAAACAAUACCGUUACUUCCAAGCCGGAUUCAUAGCAAAAUCAUCACUCUAAGAAAUCGCAAAAAAAAAAAAGAAACUAGUUCGGAUCAAUCACAGAUCAACUCUCUCGGAUAAUAUAUAUCUAUAUAUAUAUAUGUACAUGUAUAUCGGUUCAGUGCGCGAGUCCAUCGGUGCAUCGUAACUUUAAGAUUUGCUUUAUAGUUUUAGUUAAAAGCAAAAAUUAAUAUUAAAUGACAGUGCACAGUAAUGAAACCGGUAUCUGUUUAGUAAUGAAUGCCGUUUCAACUCACCUUGCCACCUCGUCGCCCAACACGCCUCCAACCAACGCCCCGCAGAGUCCGCCGUCGACGCUGCCGACGCUCGCCUGUCCCGCCGCCCAGCCGCUGAGCGCUCCCGGAAUCGCCGGGCCAGGUCACAGUGGCAUGGUGACCUCGACGGUGCCCCCGGGCGCCCGCUCCACCUCGCCGUGCGGCCCCUCCGCCGGCCUGCCCGCCCUCUCCCUGGUCGGUGGCCCCCCGCCCGGCGGUCCGCAUUCCUCUGCGCCCGGAGGAGCACCGGCGCCCGGAGCGGGCAACCCGCCGAACCGCUGCUGUGAUACCGGCCGCACCAUCUACACGGAUCCGGUGAGCGGCCAGACGAUCUGCUCCUGCCAGUACGACAUGCUCAACUACCAGCGACUAGCCGCCGCCGGAGGAGUCCCGCUCGGCGUCUAUCCGGAGGGCAUGUCCGCCUACCUCUCCGGCAUCGCCGCCGACCAGCCGCCCUUCUACGCCAAUCCGGCUGGAAUCGAUCUGAAGGAGAACCUGGUGGCCGGAGCAUCGCCCUGGCCAUAUCCCUCGAUGUAUCAUCCCUACGAUGCGGCCUUCGCCGGCUAUCCGUUCAACAGCUACGGCAUGGAUUUGAAUGGAGCCCGGCGGAAAAACGCCACCCGCGAGACGACAUCGACUUUGAAGGCCUGGCUGAAUGAGCACAAGAAGAACCCGUAUCCGACGAAGGGCGAGAAGAUAAUGCUGGCCAUUAUCACCAAGAUGACGCUCACCCAGGUGUCCACGUGGUUCGCCAACGCGAGAAGAAGACUGAAAAAGGAGAACAAGAUGACCUGGGAGCCCAGGAACCGCGUCGACGACGAUGACGCCAAUAUCGACGAUGACGACGACAAGAACACCGAGGAGAACGAUCUGCUAGAUGCCAAGGACUCCGGCGUGGGCUCCACGGACGACAAGGACCGCUCCGGCCGGCUGGCCGACAUGAUGGCCGAUCGCCCCGGCGAGAGCAACAACAGCGAGUGGUCCGAGUCGCGGCCAGGAUCGCCCAAUGGCUCCCCAGACCUGUACGACCGCCCGGGCAGCAUGCCGCCGGGUGCCCACCCCCUGUUCCAUCCCGCCGCCCUGCACCACCACUUCCGGCCGCCGGCGGGUUCGCCGCCGGACAUCGCCGCCUACCACCACCACCAGCAGCAGUUGCUGCAGCAGCACCAGCAGGCGCAGCAGAACUCGCUGCAGACGGCGGUUGGCGGCACGGCGAAGCCGAGGAUCUGGUCCCUGGCCGACAUGGCUUCGAAGGACAGCAAGGACUCCAGUUCGGGAGCAAAGGACAAUCUCUCCGAACUGCCGCCUGCGCAUCCCGGCUUCUAUGGCCAUCCUGGCCAGCAGCCAUCGCCGGGGAAGAUCCUCUCACCACUGGCGGCCAGGAUACCCAACUAUUCGCCCUACGUCCGUCCGGAUUUGUACCGGGGAUUCUAUGGACCGGCGGCGGCGCACUUGAGUGCUCCCACGCAGGAGUUCCUCGAGCACCAGCGCACCUUUGGAGCGAGUUUGGCGGCGCACAACGGACCGCUCGGCAUGAAUCCGCUGCUGUGGAAGGCGGCCGUUUCGGGAGCGGCCAAUGGACCGCACUUCGCACCGCUCAGCCUGACGACAUCGGGUGGGGGAUCCGGUGGAGGAGGACCACAGCAGGUGGCACCACCGCCCGUGGCCUCGCCAUCCGCCUCCAGUUCGUCGUCGUCGAUGGGCUGCGAUGUGGUGCACAUACCCACGACCAGUGGACAGUCGGCGGCACAGCACAUGAUGGGUCCAAUUUCCAGCAACUCCACCGCCUCGUCGUCCAGUUCGCAUUCGGGAAAGAUAUCGCCGGGCGUGAAUGUGACCUCGCUGAGUGCAAAGCCAUGACAUCCAUCGGCUUCACCGGAUCCAUCGGCGGCUCCAGUUGCCUCGCCCAUCUCCGCCUUCCGCUCGCUGAUCGCCUUCCGGGAGCAGCAGAAGCUAACGCUCCUCCGGCCGUAGUCACUUCCAGUUUCGAUUCCGAAUCAGAAUCAGAAUCCAGAAUCAGAAUCCGAAUCCGAUUUCGAUUUCGAGGCCCGGGCUUGAAAGGUAUAUAUUUACACUUUCGGACAAUAAUUUACAAUGUGAUUAUUCGGUAUUUUGAUUAAACGCCGCUUAUACCAAAUAGCAAGCAAACAGACAAAACUAAAAAAAAAAAACGAAAAACCAGCUGAAACGCAGCGGUUCCUUUGGCAUGGGCCCCCAAAACAAAAAACCAGAUCGAAAAACCAAUAUAAAAAAUUCGAAAACAACAGAAAAAAUAAGAGAAAAUAAAAGAAAUCCCAACCGCUGCCCCAGACGUUGUGCAAUUUUGUGGAGAAGAUAAUCCAAAAACCAUUUGAAGAUACGUUAAUUUAAUUACAUACAACUUAUGCAAUCAGAGCUUAUAGGAUGUAAAUUGGAAGAUAUAUAGAGCAGGGCGACAUCAAUGAAUACAUACAUAUACCCGACCACUAACAUAACCGAUGGCGAUGGCAGAUCCGUAACACCCACUAAAUUAUAUAGAGGCACAAUUCCUGGCAGCUAACCCUUCCCUAGAUUUCAAUUGUAUCCUUUUUGUACUUAGUUCGAAUUCAGUUUUUAGCUAGCGGAUACUUUUAAAGGCCCUGUUGUUAGAGGACCCGAAACAUAUCAGCCCAAGUCUGCUAAAGAAUACCCAUUGUAAACCCCAGAAAAAGUUUCCCAAUCUGAGAGAGAGAGCCCAAACCCAAGCCAAAUGUACACGAGCAAUCAUUGAUUUAGCUGUUAUUGUUUUUAUCGUCUUAAGUUACCAAUUUGUUCCUGUCGUUUAUAAAUAUAAUUUAUUUUACUUCGUAUGUACCAUAAUUUUCGAAGCGUGUAAUUAUUUCCUAAACUAGAGAUCCAUGUAUUGCUGUACUUUAUGCACAAGUUGUAAGUAUGUAAGCUCGCGUAAAUGUAGCGCCCUAAGCGUAGUGUAAAUUAGUAAAACUGUAUAUACUUAUAAUAAAAGAAUGAUAAUGAGACACAUUAAACAAAAGCCACAAUUAUUGGUAUAAAUAAAAA